CGCCAGUUUGCCACUUGACUAUUUAAUGCAAUGUGAUGCGCAAGAUGUUAUAACUGUUCAGACCCCGUGUCUGGGUCAGAAGGCGGUCGAUGUAUUCUUCUACUUCAUCAUACCCUCUUAUUUCUACUUCUUCUUCUUGUUCUGUUUGGAGGGGUCUCCGGAAGAGCCGCAUGUGUGUGUCUUCUACACCUUUACUGGUAGUCAUCUCGACAGGUGGAAUCCACUUCUAAAGACGCGGUAGUCGGUGGUGUCGGCGCGAGACGUGUGACAUUGAACAGUUUUAACAGUGACAAUCCUUCAAGGACUUGGAUUAUCCUGUCGAUUUGUUUUAAAGAGAUUUUGCAGAGAUUCCAUAGAAGGUUGAAUAGGCGCAGCCGUUUUAUAUGAGCACAAUGGUUCUACGAACGUUCGUCAUAAUCGGCCUAUUAUUUCACGGGCUUACUGUCCUUGCGGAAGAAGUUGAAGUGGUAGAGGCAGUUCAAGGCUCGGAAGAAAUCAAGGAACUUAACAAAAAUGAACAAGAACCAAGCUCAGACCAACUGGCUCUUGAAUCAUUAGAUGACAAGUCAGACCCACCACAAAAACUUGCUUAUAACAGUGGUCCCCCAUCAAGAAAUCCUAAUCAACCAUCCAGAAACAAUGGAGGACAUUACAGUAACCACAAGCCCUUCCCCGGACAAAAGAACACUAAUAACCCAUUCGAUAACAACAAAAUUUCCUACAAUGGACCACCCCCUCCACCACCUUCUCAGAAGCAAGCUAUGGACAAAUACGACACUGCUGGUGGAGAAAUUUGGCCUGCCCCAGUUCCAGAUAUGCCGAAAAUUCUUUCUCUUGAUGUGAAAUGUGAGAAAAACCUCAUGAAAGUGUACAUUGGAUUUGAUAAACCUUUCUAUGGUAUAGUUUUCAGCAAAGGUCAUUAUAGUAACGUCCACUGUGUUCAUCUUCCUGCUGGUUUAGGUAGAACCUCAGCUCAUUUUGAAAUAGGUAUUCAUGCUUGCGGAACCUCUGGUAACACCGAAAAUGGUCUUUAUGGAUAUGGUGCCGAAUCGGGCUCAGGAACUUUCUUCGAAAACAUCAUCGUUAUUCAAUAUGAUCCUCAAGUACAAGAAGUCUGGGAUCAAGCAAGAAAACUUAGAUGUACUUGGCACGAUCAGUAUGAAAAAUCGGUUACUUUCCGACCCUUCCCGGUAGAUAUGCUUGACGUUGUCAGAACUGACUUUGCCGGUGACAAUGUGGGCUGCUGGAUGCAAAUACAAGUAGGAAAGGGACCAUGGGCGUCGGAAGUAUCAGGUUUAGUCAAAAUAGGCCAAACAAUGACAAUGGUUUUAGCUAUUAAAGAUGACGACAACAAGUUUGAUAUGUUGGUAAGGAACUGUAUGGCUCACGAUGGAAAAAGAGCUCCCAUACAGUUAGUCGACCAAAGAGGUUGUGUCACAAGACCAAAAUUGAUGUCCAGAUUUACUAAGAUUAAAAACUUUGGCGCAAGCGCUUCAGUGUUAUCAUAUGCCCACUUCCAGGCAUUUAAAUUCCCUGACUCCAUGGAAGUUCACUUCCAGUGCACCAUCCAAAUCUGCAGAUAUCAAUGUCCAGAUCAGUGUUCAGAUUCUUCAGGACAACAUCUCCACGGCUUGCUUGAUUUGGUGCAUGGUCCACCUGAUACUGGUUAUGGUGCUCCUCCACCGCUACCUAUCGAAGCAUAUUUACAUCCUGGGCGACCAAGGGAUGAAAGGAGAUCAAAGAGAGCUCUCGCUGUCGACCCGGAAAAGGAAGUGGGGGUGAAUAGGAUUAUUAGGGUUGUAUCUACAGGAGAUUUGACAUUUACACUUGACGAAAACAGCAAUAGCACAACUCCACCCACUAUGGUCUUUCCCGCCAAGGAGGAAAUUAACAACGGAGGAUUAAUAUGUAUGACUACUCCAGGUUUUGCAGCAACCUUAGUAGUUUUAUUAGCUAUAUUAAUAGUAUCUUGUCUUAUGUCAGCUUUCCUUUGUGUCAAACUAAGACCAUUUGCUGAAAACAAACUCGCAGGUGUCAUAGGAUAUGCCAAUUCACAGAAAACAAAGUCAAGGAGCUGCUUUUACUCGUAAUAUUAGAGCAGACUGAAAGGGUUUAGAUCGAAAGAAAAACGGCUACAUGCUUGGUCAUAUAAAUUAAAAUCUUUCGACAUAUGGGUAUGUGUGUGUUGUAAGUGUUUUUCUUAUGAGCAGGAGAAAGUUGGAUAUUUUUUAUGAGAAUAAGAGAACGCUCAUACAAUACGUUUAGUUUUCAAUUAGAUAUAGGCCACUGAAAUCUUAACAUUCCUAGCACUAAAAUCGGCAACAUUGCUUAUUUCACUAUCGUUGUUUAAUCGCCAAAUGACGGCGAAGGACGGAGCGACGGGGUUAGAAUCAGCUGAUAUCAGGUGCUUUAGCAUGGGAAGUGGGACCGCAUGGUACUCGACGGCGCGCAGUGUUGCCAGUUAUAGGUAAUAAUAUAUAUCUAAUUUAAAUCUAAACGUGCUGUAUCUGAUAACUUAGAAUUGUAUAAGCUUUUGAUAACUUUUAUCUAGAAUGUAAAUUAGAUAUAUUUAUAUCAGUUAGGACGAAUGUGUGCCACUCAAGGCCAUACAAAAUUAGUCCCAAUUUUUCCUGCUUAUGAGUUAUCCCCAAUAUGAUCCUGCAUCGUAUCAAUGUUUUCAGAUGUCGAAGAUAUUCGUUAAUUUAGUUUUUUAGGUUACCUUUUUAACAAUUUUCAAAUUAUUUUUAUAAAGAAAUUCAAGACUUUUGUAAAUAUACCAAAAAUUAAUUUUGGAGUUGCUCUUUUGGUUUCGGUUAUUUUUAAAUUUUAUUUUGUAUAGAUUAUUUAUUGAUAUUUAUUUAUUUAUUACUGUUAAAAUGAUUUUACGAUAAGUACCUGUAAAAAAUUGUAAAAACUUUGCGAACAACAAAUGCUUAGAUUUUGGAGGUGUUUCUAAGUAUAGUAGCUUUGUGUAAAGCUCCUACGUUAUACUAAUUAUAUUUAUUAUAAUAACUAAUUUUAUUUUAUAAAAGUUUCAUAUUUCACGAAUACAAGUAAAUUGUAUUCUUAAUUAGGCGUCAUAAAUAAACCUCGACAGACUUAGAUAAUGAUAAUUUUGGCAUAAGGAUAAUGCUGUGUUUGAAAUAGUUAUUUUGGCUUUUCUGGCGCUACUCACUUGCAAAAUAUUUCUAACUGUAAAGGAAUCGUCAAAGAAUAAGUAAUGUACGUAUUUUUCCCCUUUUUGCCAUAUUCUAAAUUUGAAAAAAUGUAUAUGGAAUAAUCAGAAUUUUUUGACAUGCCAUUCCUAUACAGCGAACAUUUCAUUGGCUAGAAACUGGAAUAUCUAGGCCACAUAAUGACAAUGGAAAAGUACUCCCUGCUAAGGCUCAUAAUCCAAGGAAGAAUCUCGGGAAAGAGAAAUGUGGGACGUAGAAGGAUUUUUUGGUUGCGAAAUUUAAGGUAGUGGUACGGGCGCAGCUCAAUACAAUUGUUCAGAGCUACAGCCAACAAUGUUAAGAUUGGUGUGAUGGUAGCCAACCCCCGAUAGGAGACGGUACUGCAAGAAGAAAGAAGAUGACCUUACAUUUAUAGCACCAAAUCAACAAGAAAUACUAGAUCUCCUGCGAAAAGUUGAGUAUAAAACCAUUAAGGUUGAUCUUAAAAUUAAUCAAGAUAACACCAACAUAAUGGUGAUAGGCAGAUUCAACACCACUCAGCUGCUUCGGCUUCCACUAGCUCGGAUCUAGUAUAAUGGCAAUAAAUGCUCGCGUAAAUAAAGUUUGGAAAGAUAGAUCGUUCUCUCAAAUUAUCAAGAUGAGUUUGGUGACUGCAAUAAUUGUAUUCUCAACAUUUCUAUACUAUAUUUCUAUAUAAACUUGGACUUUUCUCAUAUAAGAACGCCAAAAUUGAUGCCUUUGAGAUGUAGUAUUAGAUGCUGGACAUACCUUGGACAACUCAUCGGACAAACGUUUGCAUUCUUAAGUAAAUGACAUUUAAAGAAAGGCUGUCCAAAACAUAUCUGCACCGAAUUGUACAGUUCUUUGGGUACGUAGUUCGCAGAGGUGAUGAUAAUUUCUUCUUUUACCCUUUAAUUCGUCCAGUUUUGAAUAAAUACUAAAGCCCCUGGUCUCUUCCAUUCGCCUUUGUUUUGUGCUUUCUGUUUUCAGUACGAUUCUCCUAUCUUUCACUUAUCAUUAAUGAUUAUAUCAUUAUCAGUAAUGAUAAUUCAGAGAGGUUAAUUUUUGGAAAUUCUGCUAAAAAUUUCUGGAAAACUUUUUAGCAGAAGACCAAUACAACGGUCACCAGAUGGCCCGAGCAAAUUCAGUAUUCAGCCGGUCAUUUAUUCUACGAAUCCCUUGGAGGAGUUAAAGAUAAUCACCAAUGGUGAAAACUUGUUAUGAGUACUGAAGGAAAUCCUUAGUAAUGGAAAACCGACAAGAAAAAGACGCAAGACCGUCAUCAUUGCCGAUAGUCUAGACAUCUUGCGACACAUAGUCAAUAAAAUUACAGAAAUGAGUCAGAAUAUCUUGGAUGGACCAUAUUCUGAAUGGGGAAGUACUUUGUAGAACGAAUAUACAACUUUAUUUAUUAAAUACUAGAAAGACCCGGAAAUUGGACUGCUUGGGACCUACUAGGCGAAAAAACGAAUAUUAUAGACUGGCUGAUCUUGUAGAAAAAUUAAGGGCAAAUAUAGGUCCCGAAGGCAGACGGAUCUUCUAGCUUAAAAAUUUAUGAGCAUGGUUUUCCAUAACAAAUACUGGGCUGUUUCGAGCAGCAGUGAACAAAGUACGAAUAGCCACGAUGAUUGCAAAUAUCCGAAAUUAAUAGGCACCGAAAGAAAAAAAAAUACCUGUUUCAAGAUACUUACUGGCAUAUAUCUUAAAAUGUGGCGUUUUACUCUGGCAGCCAGCCGUAUUUCUACUUCUACAUUAUUCUCUACAUCGCUGUGCCUUAGAUCUUAUAUAAAGAUAAUAAAUCUUUUGCUUUACAUUUAAAGUCAUGUCCCUAAUAAUGUGCUACACUUUCCACUAUAAUUAUUUCUUCAUUUUAAUAAUAACUGCCUUGAUGUUUUAAUUUUCCGUGAAAGUUAUUUUGCAUUUUGACCAAGCUUUCCUUUGUGUGUUACUUGUUAAGUUUUAGAGCUUUAAAACACAUAGUGAAAAGUAGAUAUUAUUAUAUACUCAACAGAAUACCAGACACAUAAGCCAGGGGUCUUAAAAUUAGUAAAAGAAAAGUAGUGCAAUUUGAUUAAUUUUUUAAUUUGAAUUAAUCCUUAUCUAAAAUUAUCUGUGAUGUAAAAAUCACAAAUUGUUAGAAUUUCAUAGUAAAAGACCUGCUUCUGUUUGAUUUUUAAUGUGUUAGUUGUGUACUCUCUAAAACGUUAUGUAUUAACCAUCAAUAUAUGAAUGAAAAUAUUACUCGUCUCAUUUCCUUUUCAAGCCAUAUUAUCAGAUGAUACCAACAGAUUGAAGUACGUGGCAACUAGACAGAGUGCAGAGUGUAAAUGAAGGGGUGGGUGCAAUAACCAGGCAGCUCCACUUUUUUACCAAAAUGAGAUUUUUAGUGACUUACUCUUAAAAAAAUCGGCCGAUCGUUCCCUAUGGCAACGAUAUUUGGAGCUACUUUGCUUUCGGUUUGUAGCAAGAACCGGGCAGUUCCUGGAGCUGCCUGGUUCUUGCACUUAACUGUUGGCAAAAUAAUAUAAUAGAAAAUAUAGAAAAGAUAUAAAAUAUCCAUAAGGGCAGCGUUUCGAAGAGUUACUUUUAUGUUUUCGAUGAAAUAACGGGUCGGAAAUCUCCAAAUGAAUGAUAAGUUGCUUACACGAUUUUAUUAAUAAAUACAUUGAUCUGCAGGUAACAACCCUUUACGUUUUUAGUGACAACUGUGCUGCGCAGAACAAGAACUCCGUUCUUGUUCACUUUUGGCAAUCUCUUCUAUUGCAUGGAAGAUUCAAGAGAAUAAGACAUCGUUAUCCCGAACCUGGGCAUAGUUUUUUACCCUGUGACGGGUCGUUUGCUCUGGUGGAAAAAGAAAAAAGAAAGAAAGAAAGAAAGAGUUUAUCUGCCAGAGGAAUGGAGUCGCAUGAUAGCAAAUACCAGUAAGAAGUUUAUUGUGAAAACUGUUAAACAAGUUAUGAUUCUAAACUAUAAAGAAGUUCUGGAGCCAUUUUUUAAGAAAAGCAAUAUUAAAAAUAGUUCUGGUGCAAAAUUUACCAUAUCGAAAUAUAAAGUUAUCGAAUUUAGUGAAACACAUAGAGAGACUGUUAUGUGCUCAGAGUCAGCGAAUGGUUUUGUGACUGAGGAUUUCGUUCUUCUAAAGAAAUCUUGUGUACCGAUUUUUCCACAAGUACACAAUACGGUUUAUAAUGCCCCAUUGCCUUUGAAAAGGGAUAAGCUAUUAAAUGUCAUGGAAUUGGCCAGACAGUAUGUUGGCAAGGCUGAAUUGUGCUACUACCAACAACUUGUUUCUGUAGAGCCAGAAGAAUGCCAAACAUCCGAAACUGAAGAUGAGCACUAGUAACCUAAGAAGAAUAUUACCUGUUUUUUAUGUUGUCAUAUUCCACUGAUUAGUUUGUAUUUUGAUAAUAAUGUAAUAAGGACAUUUUAUUUAGUUUCUUUACUUUUUGUAUCCAAAUAACAUAUAAAUAAACCUAAAACUAUUUUUUUUGUAUAUUUUUGGCAAAGCAGCUCCAAUUUUUUUUUUUAUUUUAUUAAAGUAUGAUAUUAAUAAUAUUUACAAAAACUACGUAAAAACUUUCUCUUUACAUGCUUUCACCGCAGGAAAAAAAUAAUCAAAAAUAAACUAAUUUUGAAUUUUUAGGAGGUUUUUUUCGAUUUUCCACAAUUUCUCAUUUUUAAAAUAUGGAGCUACCUGGUUAUUGCACCCACCCCUUCAAAUAUUCCUGGGCCCAGAGCACGCCAACUAGAAUUCUAUUUUGCUGACGUCGCAAAAUAGAAUUUCAUAAUGGGAGAAUCGACGAUUGCUAGGCAAUGUGACGUCACUAAAAUAGAAUCCUAUUUGGCUUGCUCCCGCACCUGUUCGUAUAUUAUUUUCACAAAUUGUAUCGACUUUUUCCUAAUUAAAACUGAUAUUGACUUAAUUAUAGGAUGUAAUGUAACCUUUAUCAAACAGGUAUUUUUUUUUCAGAUUUAGCUUAUUAUUUACAUAUGUUGAUAUUACAUCAUUAUUAUGUUGUAAUAUGAAACUGCUCAAUAUUGUUCGCAAAUGUUUUCUGUAAUCGCAGAGAAGUAUUGAUAAUUCUGCUAUUUUGUAGGACAUAUUGUUCAAAUAAACGAUACAAAGAA